AUGGGCCCUGAGGAGCUGCUCAGAGAAAGCUCAGCAGACUAAAUCACCAAGGAGUGGCUGCCUGGCCUUUACGUGGUUCCCUGCCUCCCUCCACAGGUGAGCGAAAGCCAGGUGCUAGAUGCCUCUGACUUUGCGUAUCUGGAAAACUUCAGCUCUCCCUAUGACUACAGCGACAACGAGAGUGACUCCUGCUGUGCCUCCGCACCCUGCCCUCAGGACUUCAGCCUGAGUUUCGACAGGGCCUUCCAGCCGGCCCUCUACGGGCUGCUCUUCGUGCUGGGGCUGCUGGGCAAUGGCGCUGUGGCGGCCGUGCUGCUGAGCCAGCGGGCGGCCCGGAGCAGCACCGACACCUUCCUGCUCCACCUGGCCGUGGCUGAUGCGCUGCUGGUGCUGACACUUCCGCUCUGGGCAGUGGACGCUGCUGUCCAAUGGGUCUUCGGCUCGGGCCUCUGCAAAGUGGCAGGUGCCCUCUUCAACAUCAACUUCUACGCAGGGGCCCUCCUGCUGGCCUGCAUCAGCUUUGACCGCUACCUGAGCAUCGUGCAUGCCACCCAGCUCUACCGCCGGGGUCCCCCGGCCCGCGUGACCCUCACCUGUGUGGCUGUCUGGGGGCUCUGUCUGCUCUUUGCCCUCCCGGACUUCAUCUUCCUGUCAGCCCACCGGGAUGGGCGCCUCAACGCCACCCACUGCAACUACAACUUCCCCCAGGCAGGCCGUGCGGCCCUGCGGGUGCUGCAGCUGGUAGCCGGGUUCCUGCUGCCCCUGCUGGUCAUGGCCUACUGCUACGCCCGCAUCCUGGCUGUGCUGCUAGUCUCCCGGGGCCAGCGGCGCCUGCGAGCCAUGCGGCUGGUGGUGGUGGUAGUGGUGGCCUUUGCCCUCUGCUGGACCCCCUACCACCUGGUGGUGCUGGUGGACACCCUCAUGGACCUGGGGGCCUUGGCCCGCAACUGUGGCCUAGAAGGCCAUGUGGAUGUGGCCAAGUCGGUCACCUCAGGCCUGGGCUACAUGCACUGCUGCCUCAAUCCACUGCUCUAUGCCUUUGUGGGCAUCAAGUUCCGAGAGCGGAUGUGGAUGCUGCUCAUGCGCCUGGGCUGCCCCGAGAGGUGGGGGCCCCAGCGACAGUCAGCAUCCACCCGCCGGGAUUCGUCCUGGUCUGAAACCACAGAGGCCUCCUUCUCAGGCUUGUGA